UGAAAGCGAACACAUUCUCUGUUCGUUUGCAGAUGAAGAUGGAAGGAGAGAAAAAUUCUUCUCCUCCCUCCUGCAUCGUAAACGAGAAUGGUGAAACGAAGAUGAUGUCCUCUCCUGUGUCCGAUGACCCCUGGGCUUUGCCGGACAUUUGUGAUCAAGGACCGAGAUGGUCAGAGUUAUCCAUAGCAGAGAAAACAAAGCGAGUGUUUCUGGGAAUAGGAAAAGGCCUGAUACUUCUGCUGCUGCUCUGGAUAUUCGUCUGCUCUCUGGACCUUUUGAGCACAUCAUUUCGAUUAGUGGGAGGCAGGCAAGCUGGACGAGUGUUUUCUGAAAGCGAACUCCUCAGGAAUCCUGUUGUCGGCCUCAUGAUUGGCGUCCUGGCUACGGUCCUAGUCCAGUCUUCGUCCACCUCCACUUCAAUAGUCGUCACAAUGGUCGGUUCGGGACUGCUGAGAGUGAAGGAUGCCGUUCCUAUUGUGAUGGGAGCAAACAUUGGGACCUCUGUCACCAACACACUCGUCUCACUUGGUCAGUCAGCUGACAGGAGAGAAUUCCAAAGAGCUUUUGCUGCUGCAACCAUUCACGACAUGUUCAACUGGCUGGCUGUCAUCGUCCUUCUACCGCUGGAGGUCGCCACUGGAUAUUUAGAAAGUCUAACUGGAGCCAUCAUGGAUACAGGGGACUGGCAUCACGUUGAAGGAGCAAAACAAACGGGAUUUUUGCAACAAAUCACAAAACCAGCCACAUCACUCAUUGUACAGUUGGACAAAAAGGCGCUUGAAAGCUUAGCAACGAGUCAGCAAAACGUCUCAUCUGAUAUUAGUUUCUUGAAAAAAUGUUCAUACAACGGAACAGAUGAACCCUGUGGAUACCUUUUGGAAAUGAUUCCUCUGUCAGAUCUCUUCCUGGGACUUUUCCUAUUAGCAGUUUCGUUCUUUCUUCUGGUCUUCUGCCUCGUGCUACUUGUAAAGCUUCUUCAUUCCAUCAUGGGCGGAUCAUUCGCCAUGUUUCUCCGUCGCAUCAUCAAUGCUGAACCACCUUUUCCUUACAAUCUUUUCAUGGGUUACCUAGUCAUGGCUUUGGGUUGUGGAAUGACGAUAUUGGUACAAAGCAGUUCGGUGUUUACUUCAGCUCUUACGCCUUUGGCCGGUGUUGGCAUGGUCUCUUUGGAACGCAUUUAUCCUUUAACACUGGGAUCGAACAUCGGUACAACGACUACCAGCCUCUUGGCCGCUUUUGCCGCUACACCCUCCACGCUCAGAUACACUCUGCAAAUAGCGUUCUGCCACUUGUUCUUCAACAUUUCAGGCAUACUUUUGUUCUAUCCCAUCCCAGCUACUCGCCUACCCAUACGACUCGCCAAAAUAUUGGGAUCAGUAACCGCCAAAUACCGCUGGUUUUCCAUUUUUUACUUACUGGCUAUGUUCUUCAUAUUGCCCACCGUGGUGUUUCUGCUGAGUUGGGCUGGGCCCAUAGUGUUUGCUGCUGUCGGAGGACCUGUCCUUCUUUUCUUUGUGGUGGUCAUUGCUAUAAACAUUAUACAACGCAAGCGAUCUUCUCUGUUACCUCUAAAAUUGAGAGAUUGGUCAUUCCUUCCAAUGUGGGCACAUUCUCUAGAUCCUCUGGACAGAGCUAUUAGUAGACUGUGCUGCUGCUGCAAGAGUUUGCAAGAUAGGCGGGACGCUCCUACCCUUGGACUCAUUCCAAAUACCUCGCAGAUCAACAUUCUUCAACCGUGUUCUGCUUCCUCCUCCAUAUUGACUCUAAACUCAGCGUGUGGGCCCGAGUACCACACCAUGAACGGUUUCGAACACUGCGCAUUCGCCAAUUUGCCAGAAAAGAAGAAGAAAACGCAUAACAACAAUAACACAAUCGAUCUGGAAUGGGACUUUACUACGCAGUUGUGAUUCUACUCUAGGCUAGUCCUUAAGUUACUUAUUAGUCCUACAAUGUGUCGAUUGAAGCUGUCAAGUAAAGUGCCUGGGUCUUCGUCGUGAUAAAGAAUACGGAGAAAAAAAAAUUCUAGACAGUUGGACACAUUUUAAGCAUUCCAACUCCUCAUUCCAAAGAAAAUCUGAGAUUAUGGCCGUGUGUGUGUGUGAUUGAGUAUUUAUAUGGGCGAUUGUUUUUUUAUAAUGCAAGAUAGGUAAUUAUAAAUACAGUGGUGGAUCGAAAAAGUUUUUAAGUGUCUUAAAUCUCUUAGCUGCAGCCCGGAAAAGUUGCCAACUGAAAGUUGCCACAAUGGUCCGAAAAUUGAGAAAAUUAGACUAAAAACGCUUAAGUUGAUAAUAUCGAGCUUCUUACUUUCCCGACUUCCGGUUAGAAAAUUUACAAUUGCUUACUACAACUUAUAGUGCGAAGCGGUAUUUUUAAAACAGAUAAUUUUACUUUCAAUGAAAGAAAAUAAUAUAAUUUCGGAUCUCAAAUCUGCAGCACUUUAUAAGAUUUCAAUUAUAUUAAGUAAUUAUGGAGAAUUCAAAGGAAAAUUUGUCUCAGUCAUUUAUUGAAAAAGGCGACAUGGUUGCUAUAUUUAGAAGAAACUCGUUUUAUUUUUUUGCAAGUCCUGAUUUGGCUUCUUUUGACUUGUUUAUUUCUAUUAGUUCUUCUUGCAAGCAGUGCACUGUGCUUAAGUGAGGGUUAGUUAGAAUAACGAGUCAAAGUUUUUAUUCCGAAUUAUCAUUUAGAUUUAAAUUUCACACUUAGUAUAUUGAUGGCAAGGUAAUAAGUGUUUUAUAACUAUUUUUGUUCUAAUAGUGAUUUUAAAAUUUUACUACCUCUCAAAUCACAUGUUAACUAUCUCUUUACCAUGCAUGUUUAUUAUUAUAUAGUUGCAUAUACUGUCUUUUCAUUAUUUACUAUUAUCUCAGGGAAGAUGUAAGCCAAUUGGCUUCAAAAUACAUACAGUAUCCGGAAAAUAUCGGCGGUAAAGACACUGCAACUCUUCCUAGUACAGAAAACAUCAACUACAGAUUUUGUUAAUCGGUUUGCAUAUAGUGCUUAAAAGCUACUAUUAUAAAUCAAGAAUAUAUCACAGUGCAAAAUUUUAGAAUUACAAUUUAAAUAUCUUCUGCCGCCUCAUUGGGUCGAAGUUUCAACAGCUAAUCUCAACUUUGGUGUCGUUCGAAGAAUAUAUUAAAUUAUAAUUCUAAAAUUUUGUAAAGAUAUUCAUGUUAAUAAAUGAUAACGUUUAAGCGCUACCGCAUGCGCGUCAACAAAAUCUAUGAUUUUCUGAAAUUUUAAGCACUUUUACUCAAAUUUUGCCCAUUGAAACAGAGGAAGAUAAUAAGAGUUAUAAGAUUUCACAUAUAGUGCGACUUUGUGGAGAACUCUUCCAGACUGAAAAUCUGGGGCUAUCUGUUGCUAUGGUAACAAGUGAGGGCACAUUUUUAAUGGAGGUGCAAUGGAAGAAUUAAGGUGUCGAUUAGUUUACUCACGCUGACCUAUACCAAGAUUAAGACAAAGCUAUUUACCCCACACCCCAAUUGAAGUGACUUUUCCUCGUAACCAUAGUACCUGCCACGACUCAAGACUGAUGUCUGGAGGAGUUCUCCUGAAAGUCGCACUAUACUUUCUUUGUAAUGAUGGUAGUAGACAUUAUUCCCGCAUUGCCGCUAAAAUAUUUAAGACAUUUUGACCCACCUUAAGAAACUUCUGAAAUGCAUCAAGUACUUAAUGUUAUUGUUGGUUUUAUUGCUUUUAUUACUGUUAUUAUGUCUAUUAUUAAUAAUACAGAGUGGUUUAAGUGUUUCGAAUUUUGUUGAUAGUAAAACUAUAGUACCCAAAUCGUUAUUAUUUUAUAAUUACAUUCCUGAAUAACUUGGCCCAUAAUGGAAUCAAGGUUAGAACGCUGACUCAGAUGCUUUAGAAAAAUCUUAAUUCAUUAAAAAAUUUUAAUUCACUUAGAAAAGUGCUCUUUUUUAUUAUUAUUAUUUUUGGUUGGUAAUUUUUACUUAAAGACUUUUCAACUCUAAAACUUCAUAUUUCUUCUUUUUCCCAGUUUAAUUCUGUUACAGGCAUUCAAGUUCUUAAAAUCUUUUUUAACCUUUUUUUUUUCUUUUGGAACAAUAAUUUUGCUAUUGUUUAAAUAUCAGUAACUUUUGAAGUUAAAAACUCUUAUAUUUGGCAUCUCUCAGAAAAAAUUAUUUCUAUUUUUAAAAUGAAAAUAAUGUCGAAAUUAACAGCUUGCCUUUGCCUUCUUUAGGAAAAAAAUUAUUUCUAUUCUGUUCAAAUAUUGAUGAGAUCGAAAUUAAGAACUUUUAUUUUCGGUUUCUAUAGAAAAAUAAUACUUCUGCUCUUGUUAAAAUGUCAAUGACCUCAAAAUCAAAUGCUCUUAUUCGUGGCAUCUUUCGAAGAAAUUGUAUUUUUGUUGAUGCUGAUAACGACGAAAUUAAAAAAAAAAAUUCUGCUGUAAUUAACAUGAGAAUGACGUCGAAGUUAAAAGCUCUUAUUUUAGACAUCUUUCAGAAGAAAAAAAAAUUUCUGCUGUUGUUAAAAUAUCGAUAAUGUCCAAAUUAAAAGCUAUUUUUUACAUUCCGAAAAAAAAUUGUUUUUGCUCUUGUUGAAAUGUCGACAACGUCGAUAUCAGAAGCUUUUAAUUUUGGCAUCUUUCAGAAAAAAGUAUUUCUGCUAUUAUUUAAAAGUGAAUAGCGUCAAAAUUAAAAAUUCUCAUUUUAAUUUUCUUCGUUUGAAAUCGAACCCUGGAAAUAACAUUGUAUAAUAAAAAAAUUGUCAACACUUUAAGUGCAUAAAAUUAAAUUUUAUUAAAUUAGAAUUCCAUUAUUGAAAUGAAAUACAGCAUACAUUGAAGAAUGUUGUCAUCUAAUUUGCCACAGUGUUGAGGACCAUUCAUUAUUUAACAUGAAAUAUUACAUCCAUCAAAAUAGUUUAGGUAUGCUGUACCCCUUUGUGUAAUAAUGGUUCAUAAUCAGAUCGAUCAAAGUUGUACAAAUUUAAUAUUUUGUCGAAACCUUUACCGGAAAUUGCAUAAAGUUUCUUUUGAAAUAACUAGCAUAUUAUGAUGAAAACUCUUGAUUUGGCAGAUUAUAAUAUAUCAAUGAUCUUCAUCGAAAUGCAAUAAGAAAAUGAAAUGAAUUGUAAAUUCCAUGAGAGAUGUAAAUAAACAUCAAUUUAAACAAAA